AUGGACACAGCUCUCUGCAACAAGACAAACAUAAGUGCAUCUGCCUCCUGCUCCAUGGAGUCCUCAGCGGAGAAGCUUGUGUAUCCAACUGUUUAUUCCCUUUUUUUCAUCGUGGGCUUUCCGGCUAACUGCCUGUCUCUAUAUGUCGCCUGGAUGCUGAUGAGGAAUGGGAACAAUAUGGCGGUCUACCUCGUCAACCUGUCCAUCUCUGACCUGCUCUACACCAUCACCCUGCCUGUGUGGAUUAAGCUGGCCCUGCGGAGGCCUGUGGGUGGUCUCUGCAGUGUAGUGGCUGUGAUCAUGUACAACAGCUUUUACGUCGGCUCAGGCCUCCUCUGCUGCAUCUCCGCUGAUCGCUACCUGGCAGUCGUCUACCCUCUCCACUUUCACCGUGUCCGAGAGGUGCGGACAGCAGCUCUUGUGAGUAUUGCUGUUUGGACUUUGGAGAUUGUCAUCCACAUUGUCUUGCUUAACCACACGGGGGCGCUGCAAGCUUUCUCCUCAAGAAAAUUGUGUCAGGAGUUGGGACCCAUGACACAAGAAGAUGCCAGCCUCGCUGUCACACGAGUCACCCUGGGUUUCUUGGUCCCUGUUUUCAUCAUGACGUUUUGUUUUCAGCAGAUCAUGCGUUCUCUCCGACAGAGCACCACCAUACUGACAGAGGAGCGCAGGAAAGUGGGACUGCUGUUGUUUUUCCUUCUUCUAACCUACAUUGUGGCGUUUUUGCCCUACCAGACUGUCAUGCUGCUCAGGGCCGUGCUGGAGCCCAGGGCCCAGCCUCCGGCUGCAAAACUCACAGAUCCGUACCUGGUUACAGUUGCCAUGACCACCAUAAACAGUGUGCUGGAUCCUAUAAUAUACUGUUUGAUCAGUGAGAGUGCUAGGAGAGAGAUUAGGAAAGCUCUGGAGAAAUGCUGGGGAGUUUUUGUGAGGAGAAAUUUGUCAAAAGGAAUUCAGUCAGUUUCCUAA